AUGGAGCCACUAGUGGAUCCUGACCUGAACGCCGCCGUUGAGGCUUCUCGCCGGGAUAUGUAUCAGCAGCAGAACCGGCAUCCCUCAUCUCAGGCAUCCCAGGAUAAUUUUGUGGAUCUGACCAAUGACUCGGGAACUGACUCGGACAUUGAAGAGGUGUUCCCCAAGUCGAAAUCUGUGGUUACUUCCGACACUGAAGAUGACCAUGAACGUGAGCAGCUGGAACGUGCUAUUGCUAUGUCGCUGGAGCCUAACGACAAGACCAACACCCCCGGGAAUGUACAAUCUAUCAAAAAUGCAGUUGUCCCGCAUGAGGUCUCUGUAACCCCAGCGGGUUUGUUAUUGGGCAUGAACCGGAAGCAGAUGGAAGAGGAGCGUCUCGCACGUCUCGCUAAGCGUAAAGCUAAUGACGUUUUGUCCAGUCCGCCGUCUCAAAUCAGCCGGAAGCUUCCCAGAACUGAGCCCUUGCCAGCUCGCCCCUCUGUCGCUGUACGAAGUCCGUUCCAGUCCGCCCCACAAGCGAGCAUGGCUCAAGUGAGAUCUCGCACCGAGGUCUGCCACCAGCUUGCAUCAAAUGCCCCGGAUAUCAACAUCCAGCCGACUUCCCGCUCAGUGGCCCAAUGGCCUCUUGGAGCUGUCAAAAAAACACAUAUCACUGGUUACCCUCGCAGUGGAAACGAAAUCACAAUUGAGGAAGUCAUCCAGCGAGAUGACUUGGAGUUAGGCGUAUUUAGCUCGUAUUUGUGGGACAUGGCAUGGCUUUACUCCAAGUUUAACAGCUCAUCCACACGAAUUCUAUUCAUUAUGCAAGCAACUGACGAAGAAACGCGAGAGCAAUUUCGCCAGGACAUUAGCAACAUGCCCAAUUUCCGCUUGUGCUUCCCACCCAUGGAGGCGCAAGUAAAAUGUAUGCAUUCUAAGCUGCUACUGAUGUUCCACCCUGGAUAUCUUCGCAUCGCGGUCCCCACCGCCAAUCUCACUCCCACUGACUGGGGAGAGGAUAGGCUGAUGGAAAACACUGUAUUCCUUAUCGAUCUUCCCAAACUCGAAGUUCCUGAAGUUGGAAAGACCCCAUUCUACACAGAACUAGUCUACUUCCUCCAGGCCUCCGAACUCCACCGCAACAUCAUCAAGAAGCUCGAUGAGUUUGACUUUAGCGAGACGAAGCGCUAUGCAUUUGUUCAUACAGUUGGUGGAACAAAUACCGAAGACAAAUGGCAACGCACUGGAUUCAGCGGCUUGGGUCGUGCUAUCAAAACCCUCGGCCUAGAGACAAAUGCACCCAUCAAUGUCGACUAUAUCGCUUCAUCGCUGGGAAAUCUGAACACUCCAUUCCUCCGCUCAAUCUACCUCGCUUGCAAAGGUGACAACGCUCUACUGGACUACGAGUUCCGAACCGCAAAGAAGAAAAAAGGACCCAGCGUAGAAGUGGCAGCGCAUAACAAGGAAUGUCUCGACCACUUCCGCGUUUACUUCCCAUCAGGCGAGACCGCGCGAGACGUGCACAGCAAUGCAAAUAACAAAAUUGGCACGAUAUGCUUCAAUCCAGCCUGGUGGUCGAGUGCCAAUUUCCCUCAUGAUAACCUUCGAGACUGUGUCAGUGAGCGCGGUGUCCUGAUGCACAACAAGCUUGCCUUCGUCCAUCCUUCCGCCCCGAUCGAUAUGCCGGAUAACAAGGAGUGCCGGGGGUGGGCUUAUGUGGGAAGUGCGAAUUUGUCCGAGAGCGCAUGGGGUCGUAUCGUUAAGGAUCCUAAGACGAAACUGUUGAAGAUGAACUGUCGCAACUGGGAAUGCGGUGUGAUUGUGCCUAUUAUCAAUGAGAAGAAGACUGAGGAGCAAGGCAAAGGGCCAGAGACGCAUGGAUCAGUUGCUUCAGCUCAUUUCCCAGCUGAGAUCUUUCGGGAUAUCGUUCCUGUCCCGAUGAGAGUGCCCGCUGUUCCGUUAUCGGAGAGCCGAAAGCCUUUCUUCUUUGGGGUUUGA